CCCCCUUCCCCUUCCUCUGAGCCAGGGCCCGCGGGUCAGGCCAGCGCCCACCUAGGAGGGAGCCCCCGGGGGCGGGCGGCCGCGGGCCCAUGAACAGCGGGACCCCCGGGACGCUGGCGGUGGGGAGAGUGAAAUUCUACGGCCGGCACCGCGGGGAGGUCAACUCCUCCACCUUCUCUCCGGACGGCCAGAGGCUGCUCACCGCCUCUGAGGACGGCUGUGUGUAUGGCUGGGAGACUCAGAGCGGGCGGCUGCUGUGGAGACUGGGUGGCCACACAGGCCCCGUGAAGUUCUGCCGCUUCUCCCCUGAUGGCCGCCUGUUUGCCAGCACUUCCAGUGACUGCACCAUCCGCCUGUGGGAUGUCGCAAAAGUCGAGUGUCUGCAGGUCCUAAAGGGUCACCAGCGGAGUGUGGAGACAGUCAGCUUCAGCCCUGACUCAAAGCAGCUGGCAUCAGGUGGCUGGGACAAGAGGGUGAUGCUCUGGGAAGUGCAGUCAGGCCAGGUGCUGCGCCACUUAGUGGGACACCGAGACUCCAUCCAGAGCAGUGACUUUGCACCCAGCUCAGACUGCCUGGCCACCGGCUCUUGGGAUUCCACUAUCCGCAUGUGGGACCUGCGCGGAGGGACUGGAGCCAUCUUCCACCAGGAGCUGGAGGGCCACAGGGGCAACAUCAGCUGCCUGUGCUUCUCAGCAUUUGGCCUAUUGGCAUCUGGCUCCUGGGACAAGACUAUCCACAUCUGGAAACCCUCAACCAGAAGCCUGCUUGUCCAGCUCAAGGGCCACGUCACCUGGGUGAAGAGCAUAGCUUUCUCCCCGGAUGGGCUGCAGCUGGCCAGCGCCGGCUACUCCCAUACGGUCAAAGUCUGGGACUGCAACACAGGAAAGUGCACUGAUACCCUGAAGGUAAGGGCUGUGGCUGGAGCAAACAAGGGUGUAGUGAAGGCCUGCCAGGGUGGCCUGCACCCCCAGAGCCCAACACCAUGCUUUUGGCAGGGAGUCCUGGAUGUGGCCCACACCUGCGCCUUUACCCCAGACGGGAGGCUCUUAGUAUCUGGAACUGCUGAUCAGGCAAGAUGCCAAGUCCACUGCAAAUCACCCAGAGCUGCUCAAAGAUAACAUCACACGUAUGGCUCAGAUCCCUGUGGCCAGGACCGCCACAGCCCCACACCAGGGCAGCCGACAGCAGCUAGCCUGCUGGAAUCCAGCAAACACCAGGUAACCAUACACAGCAAAGGCUGCGCCAGCCCAUCUCUCCAGUAGUUAGUUCAAAUGCCUAUAAACACAAAGCAACAUCA